AUGGGUUUUGGAGGAAAUGAUGUGUUUACAAGAUCUGGUUUCAUAAAUUGGAAAAAAGCAAUUGAAAAAUUCAAUGAGCAUGUAGGUGGAGUUGGUAGUGCGCACAAUGAGGCAAGAAUACAAUUUGAAGGUUUCAAGAAUCAAAGACAAAGUGUGGAGUAUUCAUUUUCAUCGAGGAAACAUGAGCUUGAAGUUGCUUAUCGCAAACGCUUGACUUCCAUUUUAAAAGUAAUUCGAUUUUUGUUGUUACAAGGAUUGCCUUUUCGGGGGCAUGAUGAGUCUUCGACAUCAUCCAAUAGAGAAAAUUUUUUAGAAUUGCUCAAAUGGUAUAGCUCAGAGUGUCCAGAAGUUGCGGCAGUUGUUGGAAUGAAUGCACCUGGAAAUAAUCAAAUGAUUGCCCCAAAAAUUCAGAAGCAAUUGGUGAAUGCUUGUGCAGUUGAGACCACAAAUGCUAUUCUAGCUGAUCUUGGAGAUAGGUGGUUCACUUUACUACUUGAUGAGGCUCGUGACUGUUCAGUGAAAGAUCAAAUGGCAGUUGUUAUUAGAUAUGUGAACAAAUAUGGAGAGGUGAUUGAACGAUUUAUGGCUGUAGUUCAUGUUGCAACAACUACAGCUGUUUGUUUGAAGGAGGCAAUCGACUCUUUAUUUACUAAGUAUGGUUUGUUAGUGGCGAGAUUGAGGGGUCAAGGAUAUGAUGGUGCUUCAAAUAUGUCUGGAGAAUUUAAUGGAUUAAAGUCACUGAUAAUGAAAGAAAAUCCGUAUGCAUUGUAUGUUCAUUGUUUUGCUCAUCAACUCCAGCUAGUGGUUGUAGCUAUUGCUCAAGCAAAUCAAUAUGUUUGUGAUUUCAUGUGGAUUGUUGGUUCGAUUGUGAAUACAUCUGCAUCAUCUUUCAAAAGGGCCGACAAACUUCGACAACUUGAACAUGACAAAAAAGUUAAACUUCUUGAAAGAGGAGAGAUUAAUUCUGGUAGAGGACUAAACCAAGAAACUAGUCUAGCUAGACCUGGAGAUACACGAUGGGGGUCUCAUCAUUUAACUUUAUGUCGUAUUGAACAAAUGUGGCCAUCUGUUAUAGAGGUUCUUCAAAAUUUGAUUGAUGAUGGUGAUCGUUCUUCUAAGGGUUUAAGUAGAACUUUGGUUGAAAGAAUGGAGAGGUAUGAAUUUGUGUUUAUUCUACUAUUGAUGAAACGUAUAUUGGCAAUCACAAAUCAUUUGUCAACCGUUCUACAAGAGAAAGAUCAAAAUAUUGUGAUUGCGAUGCGUUUGAUCAAUAAUGUGAAAUGCAAAUUGCAAAAGUUGAGAGAUUCUGGAUGGGAUAUUUUACUUGAGGAUGUGAAGAAGUUUUGUAACACUCAUUCCAUUGAAAUAAUUAAUAUGACAGAUAACAUCAACAGCCGUAGUCAUUUGAAGAGAGAUCGAAAAAAUAUUAAUUUUUAUCACUACUACCAUGUUGAAAUCUUUUGUGAGGUUAUCGAUAUUAUUAUACAGGAGAUGGAUAGCCGUUUCUCUGAAACAACUACAGAUUUGUUGAUUAAUAUGUCAUGCCUUGAUCCUAGGAACUAG